GCGGCAGCGCCAGUUCUUCCACCGGAACGCGGGCAGCACAAGAGUCUUCCCUUCUCUUAACUCAGAUCUUUUCUGAGCGGCUUCGUUGCUGUCUUUCCAAUUUCUCUGUGAAAAUGGCGACCCAGAUGAGUAAGAAGAGAAAGUUUGUGGCCGAUGGAGUGUUUUUCGCCGAGCUAAACGAGGUUUUGACCAGGGAGUUGGCCGAGGAUGGGUACUCCGGUGUCGAGGUUAGAGUCACUCCAAUGCGCACUGAGAUCAUCAUCCGAGCCACCCGCACCCAAAACGUUCUCGGAGAAAAAGGUAGGAGGAUUAGGGAACUCACCUCGGUUGUGCAGAAGCGGUUCAAGUUUCCGGAGAACAGUGUUGAGCUCUAUGCCGAGAAAGUUAACAAUAGAGGGCUUUGUGCUAUUGCCCAAGCCGAGUCUCUUCGUUAUAAGCUACUUGGUGGCCUUGCUGUGCGAAGGGCAUGCUAUGGUGUUCUGAGAUUCGUCAUGGAAAGUGGAGCAAAGGGUUGCGAGGUUAUUGUCAGUGGAAAACUGAGAGCACAGCGUGCAAAGUCUAUGAAGUUUAAAGAUGGAUAUAUGAUAUCUUCGGGUCAACCAGUGAGAGAUUAUAUUGACUCAGCUGUUAGACACGUUCUUCUCAGACAGGGAGUUCUUGGUAUCAAAGUUAAGAUCAUGCUUGAUUGGGAUCCUAAGGGCAAGCAAGGCCCUACCACCCCUCUUCCUGAUGUUGUCGUAAUCCAUUCUCCCAAGGAGGAAGAAGAAAUCGUCCAUAGACCAGCAGCAGCAGUUUUGACCACUGAUAUUGAGGUUCCAGUAGUAGUAGCAGCUUGAGAGGCUCUUUUUUUUUUCUUCUAGAUAUUUAUUCAUGGAAUCAACCAUCAUCAAUUUUGUAUUUUCUGUCCCAAGAUUUCGUUUCAUGUCUCAUUGAUCUGUUGGUUUGAGCCUCCUGACUGCCCAGGUUUCUUUUGGAUAAUCAAACAAAAUGCAUAUGGAGAACAGUUUUUUAUGAUCCCUUAGCCUUUUUA